CUUGACAAACACAGGAAGCUCCUGCUGGCGUACGAAGCGAGGACAACGGUCCGCAUCAGCCACCAAUUUCCCAACGUGCAGCUGACUGCCUCACACAAGGACUCCAGCUACAUCACCAUCGCGAGGGUGUUGCCUGAGGACGAGGGCUGCUUCCGCUGCAUCUUCGAUGUCUUCCCCAGGGGCUCGCAGGAAGGCAGCGCGUGCAUCAGGGUGACUGCCAGGGUGCAUCUUGACGGCAAUAAAACGGCCGUGAGCGGCAAGGCAGCCGUCCUCUCCUGCUGGUACGACCUCCCUGAGCGUGUGCAGCAGGUUCUGUGGAAGAAGACAUCCCAGCAGGGCCACGCCAUCACCCUGGCCUCCUACUCCAAACAAGGUCACUACAACAUCGAGGAGGCACUGCGAGCUCGCCUCAGCCUGAGUAGAAGUCUGGGAGCCCCCCAGCUGAAUUUCCAAUCGGUCGCCAUUGAAGACGAGGCCUGCUACACCUGCGAGUUCAACACGUAUCCUGACGGGACCAGGAGUAACACGGCUUGCCUCUAUGUUUAUGUGUUACCGGAGGCGAAGGUGACCCACGCAACCUUGUCGUCAGGGGACACCGAGGCCAAUUGCACGGUGCGGUCGCGCCCCGCAUCAAACAUCACGUGGAGGAUCGGCGAGGACAACCAAACCCUCGAAUCGCCGCUCGUUUCCCUCUCCCAGGAGACGGACGGCACCACGACGCUGACGAGCACACUGCACCUCCAGUCGGGGGUGUUCACCAAGCGCUCGGUCCAGUGCAUAGUGCACCACCAGGGACUGGAGAUGCCUCUCGCAGUGUCCCUCCACAACCUUGUGAACCCCGUCAAAGUCACCCUCAUCUGGCUGGGCGGUGUGGUGGCAGUCCUGCUCCUCUUCUGCUUGUGCGUGUAUCUCCGCGUUUCCGCUAAGAAGUGAGCUGGUGCCAUUGCUUCUUUGUCAAAGAAACCUGGCAGGUUGGGACUUGGAAAGAAAUAUCGACUGUGAAAAACUAAAAAAACAUUUUUUUUACAUUGUCCAGCUAUUUUGACCACACAAGUGAGCCUGUGGAAGCGUCCUACCUGACUUUUCCCUAUCAGCCUUAAUUUAUACCAGUAUCAUCCUGAUAACAAUCAGCAAUGAAGUCUUUAGACCUCCAGCCCUUGUGUUUUUUCAAAGUGCAUCGAAUGUAUUUGCUAACAGCAUGCGAAAAGGGGGAGGACGAAAAAAAAAAUUCAAGUGUCUGUUAUUUGCUAUUUAUAGGGGCCAAGGUCGGGAAGGGCAGCUGACCUGUGACUGAAGAGAUUGUUUGUGAAGUUAAUGGUUUUGUGUACAUGUGACAAGGGAAAACUUGUCAAGUGUUACUGACAGUUUUAAAGUCAUACUUGCAGACUGUGUAGAAGUAAAACAAUGUUGGGAAUGUGUUCAUGUAUGUUUUAAAGGCCUAAUGAAAUGCGAUUUUCUUAUUUAAACGGGGAUAGCAGGUCCAUUCUAUGUGUCAUACUUGAUCAUUUCGCGAUAUUGCCAUAUUUUUGCUGAAAGGAUUUAGUAGAGAACAUCGUCGAUAAAGUUCGCAACUUUUGGUCGCUGAUAAAAAAGCCUUGCCUGUACCGGAAGUAGCAGACGAUAUGCGCGUGACGUCACAGGUUGUGGAGCUCCUCACAUCCGCACAUUGUUUACAAUCAUGGCCACCAGCAGCGAGAGCGAUUCGGACCGAGAAAGCGUCGAUUUCCCCAUUAAUUUGAGCGAGGAUGAAAGAUUUGUGGAUGAGGAAAGUGAGAGUGAAGGACUAGAGGGCAGUGGGAGCGAUUCAGACAGGGAAGAUGCUGUGAGAGGCCGGUGGGACCUGAUAUUCAGCUGGGAAUGACUAAAACAGUAAAUAAACACAAGACAUAUAUAUACUCUAUUAGCCACAACACAACCAGGCCACAAAUAUGCCACAAAUUAAUCCCGCAUAACAACCACCUCCCCCCUCCCGUCCAUAUAACCCGCCAAUACAACUCAAACAACUGCACAACACACUCAAUCCCACAGCCCAAAGUACCGUUCACCUCCCCAAAGUUCAUACAGCACAUAUAUUUCCCCAAAGUCCCCAAAGUUACGUACGUGACAUGCACAUAGCGGCACGCACGUACGGGCAAGCGAUCAAAUGUUUGGAAGCGUACUCACGGUACCGCGUCUGCGUAUCCAACUCAAAGUCCUCCUGGUAAGAGUCCCUGUUGUCCCAGUCCUCCACAGGCCAAUGGUAAAGCUUGACUGUCAUCUUCCGGGAAUGUAAACAAUGAAACACUGGCUGUGUUUGUGUUGCUGCAUGCCGGCCGCAAUACACCGCUUCCCACCUACAGCUUUCUUCUUUGCUGUCUGCAUUGUUCAUUGAACAAAUUGCAAAAGAUUCACCAACACAGAUGUCCAGAAUACCGUGGAAUUUUGCGAUGAAAACAGACGACUUAAUAGCUGGCCACCAGGCUGUCCCAAAAUGUCCUCUAAAAUCCGUGGCGUCACGCGCAGCCGUCAUCAUACCGAGACGUUUUCAGCAGGAUAUUUUGCGCGAAAUUUAAAAUUGCACUUUAGUAAGCUAACCCGUAUUGGCAUGUGUUGCAAUGUUAAGAUUUCAUCAUUGAUGUAUAAACUAUCAGACUGUGUGGUCGGUAGUAGUGGGUUUCAGUGGGCCUUUAAAAUGUUAUGAAAUUAGAGUUUCAAAACUCUCCUUCACCUUUUUCUGGUUUCGUACACAUCAUA